AUGGAUGUAGAAGAGAAUGAUGAAGUUUCUAAUCCACAAAAUGUUCAAUCGUCAAGUUCAGAUGAAAGUCCUAAAAGUGAAGAAAAUUCAGUUGCAAAACGAAAGCGCAGAAGGACAACACCAGUACCUAUAAGCAAUAAAGAAGAUGAAGAUGACGAUGGAGCUACAUGUACAAUUUGCCUUGAUAACUUUCAAUCUGCUGGCAUUCAUCGAGUCAUAUCAUUGAAGUGUGGGCAUCUUUUUGGAGAAUCUUGUAUAAAACGAUGGAUUAAAGAAUGUGCUCAUCCAAAAUGUUGUCCACAGUGCAAAACAAAAGCCAAUGCUAGAGACAUACGAUUUAUUUACGCUUCAAAAAUUCGUGUGUUUGAUAAUUCACGCGAGCAUGAUCUCGAACUUCAAAUACAAAAUCUAAACGAAGAAAAGAAACGUUUGGCAUCAGAAAACCAAAUUAAUAGUAUUAUGGUAAUAACACAAAAAGCUGAAAUCAAAAGGCUUAAAGAUGAGAUUGAAAUGCUUAGAGAUUGUGCUCGCGCGGAAAGUAGGCGAGCAACAGCUGGGAUCAGAACAAUCAAGAAAACUAAAAAGAACGUCGACUUUAAGGAAAACCUUGAUAGUCGUUUGCUAAAAUAUUUGAGUCGACACAGAAAGUUGGUAGUUUCACAAAAAGCCUGUGAACGGUCAAUGUUUCCUGGUUAUGGCAUUAAAUUAGUUGAUCUAUCAACAUAUCGUCAAGAAAAAUUCAUCAACACAAGUAAUAAAAUCGUUAAUGAUUUUAGUUUUGAUGUUAAUGAAACUUGUGUGAUAACAUCAUCAAAAGAUGUGACAUGUAAAAUGUUUAACAUGUCAUCAAGUUCGACUGUUGCAGCUUUCACUCCUUCAGAGUCUCCAAUAUGGACAAGCGCGUUUGAUUAUGAUCGUCAUUUUACACUCUACCUCGGUGCACAAAAUGGAACAACUUAUAUUUAUGAUAUACGACAACCAGCGGCAUUCAUCAAAGAAAUCACUCCAAUUAAUAAAUCUCCCAUCAAAUACACAAUUCCGAUAAAGAAAAAUGAUAAUUUUCCAUAUGGAGGAUUUUUAGUCAUCCAUAUGCGAGGAAUUUAUUUUUAUGAAUAUUCGGCAUCAGUUGAAGUUCUUUCAACGACACUCAACUUUCAAUACCCCAUUCUUGUUGCCAGUUAUGAUGACCGAACUGAAAUGCUUCUCAUAACGAGAAUUGUCGCUGACCAAACAAGUGAUUUCAAACAAACGCAGCACGUUCUGAUGAAUCUUGUGAGAGUUGAAGGAAUUCCAGUUCUGCAAGAGAUUUACAGCUUCAAUGGAACAAAUGCAAAACUUCCGGCGUUAUCACGUCCAACACAAAUUAAAGUUCCUGAUGGUGUCAUUAUAGCGACUUAUCUACAAGACACAAGAAUGAUUGAAACGUGGUCACCAACAACCGGCAAAUUUCAUGAAGCUUCGUGCUCUGACGCUAUCACUGAUAUUUGUCCAAUCUACAAUGAUAACAUUCAAUUUUUCGGAGCGCUUUCUUUGUCACGUUGUAGACUAUUCAAACUCAGUUUAGAUUAUUGA